GUAGUUGUCAAAAUCUUGACGUUUACUGUUAUUGUGUGUGUGACAAACAAGUGAAAUUUUUCAAUAAUGAUGAGCUUUUUUCAAUUAAAUAAAUAUUUUGCAUUGUGAAACCAGUAGAAUAAAGAACUUGUGGUUUAAGAAGACCAGUAUUAUUUAUUCAAAGAAAAUAGUAGUCAAUCUGGUUUUGUAUUUGUUGAUAUGAUUGCCCAAUUUCAAUUCAACCAACAGUUGGAUAUCUGUGAUUCAUCAAGUUGAAGCUGCAGAACAAUAUUUAUGAGUUAACUUUGUUUUAAGAAUAUAAUAUACAAGAUUAUUGGCAAUAAUGCCUGCUCCGCCACCUCCUCCUCCGAUGGCAUCAGCAGGACCACCACCUCCACCUCCUAUUUCCAAAAUUCCGAAAACAGGUAAAGGUAGUGCUAACGAACGAAAUGCUUUAUUGAAAUCGAUCCAACAAGGAACUAAAUUAAAGAAGACGGUUACAAAUGAUAGGAGUGCACCGAUGGUUGGGGGUGCUUCAAACAGACCAUCAAAUGGAGGAACGAGUGGUAUGCGUUUGCCCAUCUUACCAAUGGGCGGUUUAGGUGGGGGUCUUAAAAAUGGUAAUAUAGGUGGUGGUAAACCAGUAAGUCCAUCAGGUGGAUUAAAAAAUUUCGGUAGUAUCCAAAUGGAACUUAAAAAACAAUUACAAGCCAGUGAUAACAGAAAUCGAGGCCCCCCUCCACCGACGCCAACAAGAAAUGUACCAGUAGACUCCGGUAGUCGACAGCUACAACGAGAAAAUAUAACUAAUGGCUUUCAUAUGAGUCAACUAUCAUUAAAUUCAAACUCAAAUAUUCAAAUUAACCAGAGUACUUUACAUAGAAAAGCAAAGAGUAAUGCAAACUUAAGUUAUCUAGAUUCUUCUGAAAACAGUAACAAUGUUCAACCUAACAAACCUGUGAUCAAUCAUGGAAAGCCAAAUGUUGCGCCGAAACCACCAAUUUUAAAUGGAAAACCAAACUCGCUUCAGCUAAAAAUUAACAAACCUAUCAGUCGGACACAUAGUUUAAAAUCUCCUCGAUCGCCUUCUCCACAAAGUCCAGAUACAACUUCCGCACAUAAGUUUGGCACCGUCAGGCAUAUGUCUUCCAUUAUCGGACAAUCUUUAGCCAAUUCCUCAGCGCAGAAUUCGAGAUCAAGGCCUGCACUGAGUACCAGACCCUCAGCUCCACCUCCCUCGAUACCUGUUCAUGUGGCACCCAGCUACAACUCGAGCCCUUCUAGUCAUACAUCGACCCCACUUAAAAUAAAUAUGGUAAAACCUAACCAUGCUCCGCCGCCGCCACCUCCUGUAGUCAUACCGCAGGCUCCUAGUCAUGCUCCACCACCCCCACCACCUCCACACAAAUCGCAAUUGAACAAAACACCGGUUCCUCCGACUGGUUCUAAUCCACCUUCGCCUCCACCACGACAUUCGUCGAUGAGAGAUAAUAACAAUGUGUCCAGGACAGCGACGAGUUUAGAAGAGAAAUUUAAACACUUAUUUCAAGAUUCAAAUAUGUUUCCCCCUCCUCCACCCUAUAAAAAUACUAUUAAGUUAUACAAUUCAGUUUCUGUAAAACCAGCGCCCGUUAAACCUGUUACAGUUGCUUAAGAUUAAUUUUACCAAAAAUUGUUUUGAUAUUUGUUAUUAUUAAUAAAUUAAUAGAUUUAAAGCUAAAUAUA